CAGAAAGCCCAAGAAAUGUAUGACAAAGACAACCCAGAAGGUCCCAAGUGGGUGUAUGAUAAAAAUGGCAAGAAUAUCUAUUGUAGCAAAAAAAUUCCUGGUUUUGAGUCAGGUCGACAAUACACAGUACAGUUUAGGACAGAUAAUGGCAAAGAAAAAACGUUUAUUGUUGAUAUUAAAUGGGUUGCUUAUUGUAGCCUUUAUGAACUAAACGAAGCACUUGAAGGCCGACGUACUGAAAUACCUUAUCAUACUUUACAAGCUAUAGAAGUUGCUAUACAACAAAUGCCAAAAAUGAGAACAAUACAAGUUCGUUCUUCAUUUUUUGACAAUCCAAGUGGUGGUGAAAAAGAUCUUGGAGGAGGUAUACAAGCCUGGAAUGGUACAUUUCUCAGUAUUCGACCAACUCAGUGGAAAAUGAUGUUAAAUGUUGAUUUAAGUUCAACUGGUUUUUACAAACCUCAAACUGUUAUCGACUUCAUGUGUGACUUUCUUGAUUUAAGAAACUUACCUAGAUCGUUAGAUGCGAGGCAAAGAAUGAAAUUUGCAAAGGAGAUUAAGGCCAUCAAAGUGGAAACAACUCACAUGAAAAGAAAGCAAAAGGCAGGUGGUCUCACCGACAGAUCAGCCAGAGAAGAGACAUUUCACUGUGAUGGUCGCAAAGUCACUGUGCUUGAUUAUUUUAAAAACACAUAUAACAUAAGUUUGAAACACCCAGAUCUUCCAUGUGUAAAAGUUGGUCAAAAAGGAAAUCUCAUUCCAAUGGAACUUUGCCAUGUAGUCAGUGGUCAAAAGAAACAGGGAAGGCUCACUGGACGGCAAACACAACAGAUGAUUCGUAGCACAACUAUUCCAGCACCAGACAGAAUGCAAAAAAUCAUGGAAUUGAUUAGAAAACUUCGAUUUGAGCAAGAUCCUUAUUUACAUGACUUUGGUUUCAGCAUAGGUAAUGAACUUAUUGGUAUACAAGGUCGAGUCCUAGAUCCUCCUUCCAUGAUGUUUGGCCCUAUUAAUCGACCGAGCCAAGAGUUGCGUAAAGAUGGUGCAUGGAAGAUUACAAAGAAAAUGCUCGACCCUAAGGAAUUAAGGGAAUGGGCACUGAUUUCUUACAAGAAAAGACAACCAGGUCGUGGAAGAGGUCCUGACCAUUUAGACAACCAAGAUCCAUGUCAUGUGUCACUGGAAACUGACUUAAAUGGGACUGACAAGUUGUUUGGUCGCCUGAAAGCUUGGUAUCGCAAGCUGCAGUUGAUAGUUGUUGUCUUACCAGUGGAUGGAGAUGAUUUCUACGAAGAAGUGAAGCAUUGUGGUGAUGUUGUCCAUGGAAUCAUCACACAGUGUAUUAAAGUUGAGAAAGCUAGUAUUGAUUUCUCAGACUGGAGGAAUAGGGAAACGUUGGUUAAUUUGUGGCUUAAAAUGAAUGCCAAACUUGGUGGGACAACGUGUGCUUUGGAUAAGGCCAUGAAAUCUCCAAUUUUGAAACGACCUGUGAUCAUUUUUGGUGCUGACGUGACCCAUCCAGGUGCUGGGAACAGAUCAAGUCCCUCAAUUGCUGCUGUUGUAGCCAGUAAAGACUCAUACCCAACCCUCUACAAUGCUGAGGUUCGUGUCCAAAAACACAGACAGGAAAUGAUUGAGGAUCUGAAAGAAAUGACAAAGGAAUUGUUGAAAAAGUUUAGACAAUCUACGAAAGCCAUUCCUGAAAAGAUUUUAUUUUAUCGAGAUGGUGUUAGCAGGGGUCAAUUUCAAGAUGUCUUGAUUAAGGAGUUAUCAGCCAUCCAAAGAGCUUGUCUUGAACUUCAACCAGGCUGGACACCUGCCAUAACCUUUAUUGUGGUCCAAAAAAGACAUCAUGCCAAAUUCUUUGCAACAGAUCCUAAAGAUCAAAAAGGCAAAAGUAGAAAUAUUCCAGCAGGUACAGUCGUUGAUACACAGAUAUGUCAUCCGUACGAGUUUAAUUUCUACCUGUGUAGUCAUACUGGUAUCCAAGGCACAAGUAAACCAGCUCUUUAUCAUGUACUGUACGAUGACAGUAACUUCACCUCAGAUGACUUACAGAUUCUUACCAAUCAAUUGUGUUAUACAUACGUACGUUGUACCAGGUCCGUGUCUAUUCCUGCGCCUGCGUAUUAUGCCCAUCAUGUUGCAUUCAGAGCAAGACAUCAUCUCAAGAUGGACAGUGCUAUUGAAGGCAAUACCAUUUCCAAUGACGAAUCUAAGGUUACAACAGAACAAAGAAAUCUUGUCAAGGUCCAUCCACAUGUUAACUGUUCUAUGUACUUUGCUUAAAGUUACAUUAUAUUCUUACCUUCUGAUGGGGUUAAUCCUUAAGAAUGAUUUAUUCAGGAUUAAUUUUAAACAAAAUCUGUUGAUUUGCUUCCAUUUUAGUUGUACUGCUAGUUUAGUAUGGCAAGCUUGUUUAAAAAGGACUUUUAUUUAUAAUCAAUAUCAAAGUAUAUUUUAUAGUAAAUUAUGUGAGUUUUUUUAGCAAAUAUUGAUAAAAUUAUACUCUAUCAUUUCUUCAACUGCUUGGUGAGUCCAAAACAGCCUCAUCCUACUAAAGAAAUUUUAAGUAGUAUAAUUUUGUGUGUUUAUGUUUG